GUUUCCCAAAUAUUAGAUAUUUAAUGUAAUAAACUAAGGGAGUGUAUGGCUACAAAACUCUGCCGGCAAAACCUUGCAUCAUGAUAUGGUGAUACGAAGUUGUAUCAUCGUAUCACUAUGCCGUGAUACGAUAAUUUGACUAGGCUUUUGCAUGGUUUUGCGGACGAGAGCUUUGUACCGAAACCAAAACCAUAAACUAAUAAUCCCCAGCUCUGACGAUAAGUCAUGCGAGUCAUUAAAAGAAGAAUGAAAUGGUGCAAAGUAACAAAAUUCUUAUUCAACAAUAAUCACAUUAUAUUUUAAUUAGAAUUACAACUUGUAUCCAGAAAAGAAAAAAUGUCUUUGAGUAUAGUACUAUAAUUGCAUAACAGUAUCUUUUACUAGUAGGGUUUUUCAGCUUCAUUUUUUCGGAGCGGCGAUAUCACGAAGCGCCCUUGCUCUUUUAAUUUUGCAUGGUUCCCCCGACGUCGGGGGGACAGUCGUCGUGCCGGAGGGACACAGAGAUGACGACAGAAAACCGGCGUCCUCCUUCGGUCACGUCGUCGCCAAACACAUCCUCGGACAAGGAAACACAACAGACGCGGAAACGGACCAAGUCCUCGUUUGUAUGGAUCGGAAAGAUGAGUUUCUCUGAACUGAUGUCAGACAAAGUGUGGUAUGUGGCGGAGUCCGAUACGAAAGACAUCCAUGAAGCGAUGAGGGAAGAAGAUAUCGAUGAUGAAGUUCCCGACGAGGACGAUCCCCGGUGCCCUACUAUCCCUUUCAAGGCGAUGGAAAAGGCUAGCUACCGAUGGAAAUGGUGGUCUGCCCUUACCGUUAAAGUCCUAGGUCGGACCUUUCUGUCACAACCUCCUCUCGGGAUCGGGGGACCCAUCGCAAAUUGUUCGGAGUCACCAUUGAUCUAGAUUGAAGUGGAUCAAACACUUUUUUUGUUUUAACUUUCAGAGCAAAAAAACCAAUAAAAAUCGGUAUGUGAUUUGAAGCUAUGGGUUCGGGAGUACGGUUACGUGUGAGAAAGUGUAUUCACACCCCACAACGCCAUAAAUUGGUACUACCUAAAUCGAUUGGUUUUAAAGGAGUUGGGUGUAUCAAUGUAGUCAAAAAGCGUGAUUCUACCUAGAAGCGGAAAAGGGGUAAAAUCGUAAAGUGUAGAAUCAAAGCGUAAAAACGUA